AUGUACAAGGGGCCAUCAGCGAAAGCUCGUGUGCAAAAGAGUACAGCCGAGGAAGAUGAUGGGGACGAUGGCAACCACGGCUCAACGGCCGUGCAGGACGUCCACGUGCUGCAGACAAUGUCCACUAGGAUCUACUUCGGCCUCUUUGUGGCGGAAUCGAAGUUCCGCAGCGAGACAGCCAAAGCAACAGCGCUCAUCGAAGCCAAGGACACCGAGGGGCUCAUGGCCUUCAUCACGAAGCCGGAGGUGGAGGCGCGCAACGUCAAGCGGGUCAUCCUGAAGGCCCGCACCUUCUCGCAGAACAUCGCCGGGGCGCAGUGCGGCGAUGACGAGCCCGCCACUUACAAGGUGAACGCGGAGUAUAUCGGGACGCUGUUUCAGGACUACAUCAUGCCACUGACCAAGGACGUCGAAGUCGCCUAUCUGCUGGCGCGGCUGGGCGGGCUCAAGCGACAGGAUCCCGAGACGGAGAUCCACCCCAACUGGUCCACGAGCCCGAGCAGCUUGAAGAAGAGGAGGUUGAGUGAGUCGGGAUGA